AUGCUAACCAACAUUCCAACCCUGAUGACAAUGUUCACCGCUGGACCUGUCCUCAAAUUGAUAUUCAAUGACACACUUUUAGUAUAUCUCCAUCUUUUGCAGUACACUUUGGUUGUGCUUUUCUCUUGCUGUCUGCUAUUUCUCUGCUGCUUUAGGAGAAAAGACUGCUACGUGUUUGGAAUGUUCAUUUUGGGUCUUUCCAACGCAGCCAUUUGCAUCUUGUUGGUAUUGCAAGGAAACCAGUGGUUCCAAAUAACCCGUGCUUAUAACAUCAGGACAGAACUGUUUCUAGCCCUAACACUAUUCUCCUUCUGUCUCUUCUACACAUUUGUGCAGCCUAUGUCAUCCAUAUAUUCCAUCGAGCUUGUGCAUGGGUGUCCUAAAGCAGUAGCUGUGGUUUACAGUAUCAUGUGGCUUUCAAAAGCAAUUGCAUUGGUAAGCUAUGAGUGCAUCCUCUCAGAGACGGUAGAUGAAUGGAUUAUUGUAGCCAUUGUAAGUGCAAUGUGUCUUCUCGGAGCAAUAAGUAUACUGUUCUACCCAGAACCUACAACAUAUGACUCACUCACGCGUCCCAGUUCCACAGAAAGCCACAAGGUAGCAAAGUCCUUAAUUUCAACUGAAUCUUUCUCUUCAAAGCCUGACACUUCGGCCGGACUGUCAAUCUUUGGAUUGAAUAUGACGUUCCAGAACUAUAUUCCACUAUUCAAGAAUUCCGAAGAAAAGCGUGAAAGUCUGGAGGUAUCUUCGGACUUUCUUCUGUCAGAAUCAACGCAAGACGUGCCAAGAAGGGAAUCUGCACUUCGAAUGGUUACUGCUCGAUCUCAUUUCUCUGGUGGUUCGUUACUGGAAAGUGUUCAAGACAAUGAUGAACUCACGCCACUGAUGACAGCACUUUGGACCUCUGAUUUGGGAUCUUGA